GGUCAUCUGCUCUGAAGUGACUGUGAUAAGCACCGUGGGCUUCCUGGUAUAAAGCGAGCUUGCUUUCCUGUGAUGAUCUCUUCCCGUUCCGCCUUGCCCCCAGUCUAUCAUCACCGAAUCUCCAGGAUCAAUCCCUCCAUCCAUCAAAAUGCACGGUCUAUUUUCCAUUGGUACGGCCCUUGCCGUCAUGAUCCAAGGCACCGCCGCUGCCACGAGCGCUGUUGCAACUUGGUAUGGUGGAAACUUGAGCGGAGGCAACUGCCUCUUUUCUAGUUACACGUUGCCAUCGAGCGUCCUGGGUACUGCCUUGUCGUACACCAACUACAAUGGAAACUGUGGUACCUGCCUCAGUGUCAAGGGACCGAAGGGUAACACCAUCAAAGUUAUGGUCGUCGACAAGUGCCCCUCAGGCUGCGGAAACGGCCAGCUCGAUCUCUUCCCUGAUGCUUUCGCCAAGCUCGACGACCCUAAUAAGGGACAAAUCAGCGUCUCAUGGGAGCAGGUACCUUGCGGCAUCACCUCACCCUUGAUCGUCCGUAAUAAGGAGGGAACUUCGAAGUGGUGGUUCUCCAUGCAAGUUGUGAACCACAACUACACAGUCACCAAGUUCGAAGUCAGUACCGACAGCGGUAAGAGCUGGCAGCCAACUGUCCGUCAGGACUACAACUACUGGCAGAAGAGCAGUGGUGAUGGAUUUCUCGUGGACACCGUUAGCGUCCGUGUCACCUGCUCCAACGGUAAGCAGGUCGUUGUGAACAACGUCGGUACCAAAGAGAAGGCCUCGUUCACUGCAUCGGGUAACUGCUAGAAAGGGAUCAUGGAAUAGCUUAUAGGUCGAGAGGGUUGCUAUGUAUUCACCUCACCGGACUCAGCGCGUUUUCCUGAUAGCCACACUAGGAUUUCUACAACGAGGGAUUUGUACAUAGCCUUUACUUCUUGCAUAUAAUUUGACAGUAUAUAUAUUCAGAUGAAGCAGUCGGUCUAGAUAUGAAUAGUGAUUGAGUUAAGGUGGAAGCACUAUUCUCACAUUUUGGAAAGCGAUAUUUUGCCUGUAAUGCCCUGUAGACUGUGUAGCGUUAACUCAGUCAGAUAGCCGGAGACAAACUAG